AUGGAUCUGCACCAUCGGAAGUCCAGUUCCCAGGACAUGGUGACCUUCCCCGAUGUGGCUGUGAUCUUCUCCCCAGCGGAGUGGCUGUGCCUGGACGCCUCUCAUCGGAAACUCUACAGAGAUGUGAUGCUGGAGAUCUACCAGCACCUGCGGGACAUAGGACAGUGCAGCGUGAAGCCUGUGCUGAUCUCCUGGUUGGAAGAAAGAGUCCUUGGCAAGCUGCAGAGAGGUGUGCUUGAAGUAUGCAGAGCACCAGUUCAGAAUUCCUCCAUUCUACAAUUUCCUUUUAGAAUGAGAUCUCCAAACAGGAGUGAGUUGGAAUCCUCUGAUGGUAAGCAAGGUAGAUUCAAUCUGAGACAACUGUCACACCAGAAUGAUCCAAAGGAAGUUUGGACAGGAAGCAAAUGUCAUCUAUGUCCUGAGAAUGGCAAGUCCUUCACGUACCCUUCGUCCCACACUGAACAAAUGAAAAUUCAUAUAGGAGAGAAUUCUUAUAUGUGUCAGGUGUGUGGAAAGUACUUCACUCAAUCUUCAAAGCUUAUUAGACACAUGAAAAUUCAUACAGGAGAGAAGCCUUAUUCAUGUCAGGAGUGUGGAAAGGCAUUUGCUCUAUUCUCAAAUCUUAACAAACACAUGAAAAUUCAUACAGGAGAGAAGCCUUAUUCAUGUCAAGAGUGUGGAAAAGCAUUUGCUCAAUCCUCAGACCUUAAGACACACAUGAAAGUUCAUACAGGAGAGAAGCCUUAUUCAUGUCAGGAGUGUGGAAAGGCAUUUGCUCAAUCCUCAAGCCUUUCUGAACACAUGAAAAUUCAUACAGGAGAGAAGCCUUAUUCAUGUCAGGAGUGUGGAAAGGCAUUUGCAAAAUCCUCAAAUCUGAACGUACAUAUGAAAAUUCAUACAGGAGAGAAGCCUUAUUCAUGUCAGGAGUGUGGAAAGGCAUUUGGUGAAUCCUCAAGCCUUAACAAACACAUGAAAAUUCAUACAGGAGAGAAGCCUUAUUCAUGUCAGGAGUGUGGAAAGGCUUUUGGUGAAUCCUCAAGCCUUAACAGGCACAUGAAAAUUCAUACAGGAGAGAAGCCUUAUUCAUGUCAGGAGUGUGGAAAGGCAUUUGCUCGAUCCUCAAGCCUUUCUGAUCACAUGAAAAUUCAUACAGGAGAGAAGCCUUAUUCAUGUCAGGAGUGUGGAAAGGCAUUUGCUCGAUCCUCAACCCUUAACAAACACAUGAAAAUUCAUACAGGAGAGAAGCCUUAUUCAUGUCAGGAGUGUGGAAAGGCAUUUGCUCGAUCCUCAAACCUUUCUGAUCACAUGAAAAUUCAUACAGGAACAAAGGAAAGGAAACCAAACGGCCCAUCCGUCUCCAGGGUCGCCAUCCCCGGAAAUCCCCGACCCUCCCGGGUCCCCCGACACUCACCUGGCCGAGACCGGGGCCUCCACUUAAGGGCGCUCAGUGCAGCCGCUCAAUGGCCAGAGAGGAAGAUCAUUCCUACAAACCUCCCCUGCGCCCACGGGGACCCCGUGACCCGCUCUUGGGUCCCAGGGAAGCAGCUGAAGGGACCAAAGCUGGAAAGGGAUGCUCAAAAGAUGCUGAGAGUUCAAUGA